AUGAUAUACUUCCAAAUAGAUUUGAAUUCACGCUGUGAUCGAACAGAAACUUUGAUGGGAUUUCAUAGAGAUAUUAUGGAAAAAAAACGAAUAAUUGCAUUGAUUGAUAUGGAUUGCUUCUAUGCCCAAGUGGAACAACGUCUUCAACCACACCUUUACGGUAAACCAGUCGCUGUUGUCCAGCAUAGCAGUGUAAAUUACCGAGGCGGUGGUUUACUUGCUAUAUCAUAUGAAGCAAGAUCUUUUGGUAUCAAACGUGGUAUGUUCGGUGAGGAAGCCAAGGCUUUAUGUCCUGAUUUGACGCUUUGUUAUGUACCAAUGGGGGAGCAUGUUGAUAAGGCAGAUAUCACACGUUACAGAGAUGCAUCUGCGGAAGUCUUCAAAGUUUUACUUGAAUUCGAUUCACGAAUUACUGUUGAACGGGCAUCGGUUGAUGAAGCUUACUUAGAUCUUAGUGCUUUAGUACAGCAUAUCUUCGAAACCACCGAUCCUUCGACUAAGUAUGGUAAACCUAAUGCAGUGGAUUCCUUUCCAACAACACAUGUUGCUGAUGGAGCCGAUCUAAAUGAUGAUGAAAUUCGUGAUUGGAAGUAUGAUAGAGUUGGGUCUUUGCAUUCCUUUAUGUCGAAAGCAUGCGAAACAAAGGACGAACACAAGACACGGGGCUAUCAUUGA